AUGGGUCGUGUACUAAAACUCGUCAUUUCAUCUGCAACAACAUCUUUGAAUGACACGUGUUUCUAUUUAAUUUUAGUUAAUUUUUAUUUGUUUAUUUAUUUUUUUGUAUUUAUUUUUCUUAAAGUGAACACAGGACUCGUCUUUGUCAAUCAGAGGAUGAAUUGGAGAGAUGCUCAGAGUUACUGCAGACAGAAUCACAUUGAUCUGGUCAGUGUGAGGAACCAGAAUGAGAGUCAACAGCUUCAGCAGUUCAUCAAUGAUAGUCUCAUAUCUGGUGAUGUCUGGAUCGGUCUGUUCAGAGACUCAUGGCAGUGGUCAGAUCAGAGUAACUCCUCAUUCAGAUACUGGAGGUAUAAUGAACCUAGUGGUAAUGAAAACUGUGCAGCGAUCAUUCAUCUCCCUCCGAGAGAAUGGGAUGACACCCCUUGCAGUGCGCAGCUUCCUUUUGUGUGUCAUGAAGAUAAACUGAUUCUGAUCAAAGAGAAUCUGACGUGGUCUGAAGCUCUGAGAUACUGCAGACAGAAUCAUACGGAUCUGGUCUCGGUUCAUUCAGAAGAGAUGCAGCGUGAGGUGAUGAAUGUGGUUAAACAGGCGUCUACUGAGGAGGUGUGGUUGGGUUUACGUUACUCCCACAUUUUGGGCAUCUGGUACUGGGUGAGCGGAGACACCGUGUGCUAUCAGAACUGGGCUCCAGGGAACGGCACAGGAGAGGAAGAGUGUGAGCGUACAGUGAGAUCUGGAGCAGUUCAGUCUGGAGGAGAUCAGCGCUGGAUCAGCCGUCCUGAGACUGACAGACUCAACUUCAUCUGCAGCAGAUAUGAAGAGUGAAGGAUUCGUUUGUGCUGUUAUUUCACUUUCAUUUUGCCUUGUUCUAUCUGUUUUUAAUUUGCAAACACUUUUUGUUCUGUUUUCAUCAGACAAUGUGCUUAUAUCAGUACAAUGAAAUUAAUUUAAGAGUAUAAAAUACCAGUGUGCACUAUAUAUGUUUUAAAGACCCCAUGAAAUCAAAAUGAGUUUUCAUCUGUGGCUUUUAGAAACAUUUGAAAAUUGCAGUCAUUCUCUUCUGGAAAAAUGGCUCAAUAUUUUUAACACAGACUGUUCAAUCAAACACACUUGCAGUCAACUAGACAUUAGAAGAUCAUGAUUCAAGGAUUUGGCAUAAAGCAUAUUGACUA